AUGGAUCAAUAUUUGAGUCAAUUCAAGAGCAUUGAAUUAAUUUAACUAACUGCCUCAGGAGUAAUGGGCUUAAUCAUCUGUUUGAUGGCUUCUGCUAUUGGUAAUGCAGUACUUGUAGAAAUAAGCAUCAAUAUCGUUUUUUCAGCUGUAUACAUAACUCUUAUUUUUUUUAGUAUUUUGGAAUAUGUUUUAUCAUUAUUGGAAUCUUAUUACUCAUGAGAGUAAACAAUUUACCUGAAAAUAGUCAACUUCAAAAAAACAAGAAAUUCUUAUAAUAUUUUGGCAUCAUGGUACUCACUUCUGGAAUCAUUUGUUUUUGUCUUGAAAGAGAUUGGUAUUAUUAUUAUUAAUAAUUUCAGGAAUAAAACCAUGGGAUAUUACACUAAAAUUCCAUUAUAUAUAGUAUUAGGUGUCUCACUGAACUUUACAUUGAUUUUUGGUUUUGUAGACACCAUUAAUUUUGUAAUAGGAUUCUUUUAAUAAGCUUGGUAAAGAACUCUUGUUGAAACACCAAAUCAAAUAAUUUGCACUCUUUUUAUAAGCACACUUAUUGGUUUCAUCUAUGGAUUAUUUUUUAGUGCCAUGGAUAUUGAAGUAUCUAAUUUUUAAUCAAUUUAGGAUAUAAGAAAUUUUAAUAAACUUGAAAGUAGAUUGAUUUUUGAAGAGAAAUUAUGUAUGCCUAUAGUAGGAAUAUUGGGUUUAAUAGGAGGUGUAGCAAAUGAGUAUCUAAGAAUUAGAGGUGAUAAAUAUAUGCCUUAUACUUUUGAAUCUGUUAAAGAUCCCUUUACAGAGGAAAUUUGA